GCCCGGGAAUCGAACCCGGGUCGCAAGAAUGGGAAUCUUGCAUGAUACCACUACACCAGCGGCGCAGCCUGCCAGCGUUUGGUAAUGUUUCUCUGAAAAUCAUUUGCUCAACAAAGUGUUACCAAUAGCAAGUUGCAUUUCAUUUUCACUCAGGAAACGUUGACUUCCUUAUCUUGUGGCCACACAUUCAGAGCCUUCGGAGACAUGCUUUACUGAACGUGUAGGUCUUCAUUGGGGUAUAAACAUCAAGCCAAUAUCAAUACAAAGUUUAUCAGCCAAACUGCCCUGCGUUUGGCUGCGCCGUGAGCAUUUUGAUAAAAAAAACCUGCAACGGGAAUAGAUAGAUCUGAGUAUUAAUUGACUGAAAGGAGCAAAGGAAGUGAUUUAAAUUUGACUGCAGGAGAUGCCUAUUUGGCAGUAGAUUUGGGUGCCUCUUGAAUUGAUGGAGUUUUCUGAACAUAUAAGGACCGCAAACGUGGAGAAUGUGGUGCUGCGACAGCCGUUCCAUCCAUCGACCAAAGGCACAUUAUGCAUAACCGGACACCACCUUAUCUUUUCUGAUCGAGAGAGCCAGAGCUGUCGACAGGUACUUUUGCUCCUCCGGAAUAUCGACGCCAUCGAGAAAAGCGUGGAAAACCUUUUGGGGAAUUCCGGUCUCCUCUCUAGUGCUCGAUGGAAGGAAAGGGCACCUGGACCCUCCUCCGGGACUCUCACCAUUAAGUGCAAGGACCUGUGUGUUUUCCAGUUGGACAUUCCGGGCAUGGAGCAGUGUCUAAACAUCGCUCACUCCAUCGAGGCGUUGUCCUCCAUGAAUGAAGUGGCAGACAUGUAUCCCUUCUUUCACAGGCCCCAUGACGCCAGCCUACAGGACCAAUGGGGUCUCUCCAGCCCCCAGCACCAGUACCAUCAAAUGGAGGCGCUGCGAGGCAGGUGGCGCCUGAGCUAUGUGAACGGAGACCACACAGUGUGUCCCUCCUACCCGCCCACUGUGCUCGUCCCCAAGGCCAUCAGCGAUGACGUGCUGCUGAAGGUGGCCAGGUUCAGGCAGGCGGGGCGCUUCCCCGUCCUCUGCUACCACCACAGGAAGAACGGCAAGGUCAUCAUGCGCAGCAGUCAGCCCCUGACGGGAGCCAAUAGGAAACGCUGCCAGGAGGACGAGCUCCUCCUCCAGGCUGUGAUUGAUGGCUCGGACAAAGGUUACAUCAUUGACACUCGCUCCAGUCAGCAGGCACAGCAGGCCAGGAUGACGGCGGGGGGGGGGGUUGAGUCCAAAUCCAGCUACCCUGGCUGGACAAGGCUGCACAGGCAGAUGGAAAAGGGUAAAGCCCUCCAGGAGAGCCUCAUUAAAGUGGUGGAAGCCUGCGGGGACCAGACAAACAACAUGGACCGCUGGCUCAGCAAGCUGGAGAACUCCAAGUGGCUCUACCACGUCCAGACUGCUCUGUCCACGGCUGGGCUGCUGGCAGAGUGCGUGGAGAGGGACGGCCAUUCAGUCCUGGUUCAUGGUUCUGAAGGCACAGACUGCACCUUGCUCAUCAGCACUCUGGCACAGCUCAUUAUGGACCCAGCCUGCCGCACGCUGGAAGGCUUCCUUACUCUGCUGGAGAGGGAGUGGGUUCAGGGCGGCCACCCGUUUCAGCAGCGCUGUGCCCGGUCGGCCCAUUCCCACGCCCGGCUGCAGCAGGAGGCCCCCGUGUUCCUGCUGCUGCUGGACUGCGCGUGGCAGCUGUGGUACCAGUUCCCCCUGGCCCUGGGGUUCUCCGAGGACCUGCUCCUCAGGCUGGCCACUGAGGCCUAUGCCUCCGACUAUGGCACCUUCCUCUGUAACAGCGACCGGGAGAGGUGUGCCAUUGGUGUGAAGGAGAAGACUCACUGUCUUUUCCAGGCCCUGCUGAAGCCAGAGGAGAGAGAGCUUUACAGCAACCCCCUAUAUGAGUCCACUGAGCUGGCUAUCUGGCCCUCGGUGCACCCCCAGUCCCUGCAACUUUGGAGGGGCUUUUUCCUGAGGUGGAGCCAACAAGGACGUCACCUAGAAGAGGCCCGCGACGAAAUGAGGAACAUGAUCUGCCAGUGGGGAAGGUUAGCGGUCCGGUGAAGUGUGUCUGUAGCUCCACCUGCUGGAGGAUUGGCGCCAGAGGAGAUCCAGAGAGUACAGAAUGUUGAAACCCCUCACGACUUGUUUGGAUGUUUAUCGGAUGAAGAGACUACGGACCAACUGUUUAGACUGUACAAUUAUGUAGUACUACUGUUCAUUAUCAACUGUUCAUUAUUAUGUAUAAUGUCGAAUAAUUUAAAAUACUCUAACCAUGACACAAUAUAUUGUACUGU